AUGAGCGAGACUAUCGUGCAAGAACUUCCGAGCAGGUUGACUGCUGAAAGGCUUAGUGGUCGUCCAGAACAUCAUCUGGACGACACCAAGUCCAGCUUUCGUAAUCCGUGGCCUUCAUUCCGGUUUCCAGCCCUCUGGCAAUGGGUCUCAUUCUUUACUCGUCAAGCUACAUCCCGGCCUAGGGUGCCUGAUGAUUUAUCCGACCGGAUUCCAACGCAUGAGCCGACGUGGGGUAAGGAUUCAGAUGGUGCUGCAAUCAAGGCAACAUGGUUGGGACAUGCGUGUUAUUUGAUAGAACUUCCAACCCCACCGGGUGGCUCGAGGGGACCGCGGAUAUUGACAGACCCUGUGAUGUCACAACGCUGCGCGCCUGUACAAUGGGCUGGACCUGAAAGGCUUGUUCCGGCCCCUUGUUCUGCGAACAAUAUCCCUGUUGUAGAUGCAAUCGUUAUUUCGCACAACCAUUACGAUCACAUGGAUGCGUCCACACUUCGGGUCCUAUAUGAACGCCACCACCCGCAUGUCUUCGCUCCUCUCGGCAACCUCCAAACCCUCAGAGAAAUGGGCAUUUCGCGCAAGCAUAUCCACAUUUUGGACUGGUGGGAUGCGCGAUCCGUGACUGUUCCACUUUCUCCAUCUUCUUCUGCUGGGAACACGGAUGUAGGGCAAGGCGGAGAGCGCCGCGUUGAUGCAACGUUCAGAAUAACAUGCACACCGUCGCAGCAUACCGCCAACCGCUCUUUAUUUGACCGAUGGCGCUCAUUAUGGUCGUCGUGGGCGAUUGAAGAGCUGAAAGGAAAGGACGAAUUGGCCGACACUGGCAAGAAGGUCUAUUUCGGAGGUGAUACUGGGUACCGGACGGUACGAGAUGGAGAAGACGAGGAGAAAGUGCCUGUUUGUCCGGCCUUCUCUGAAAUUGGAGAACGAUUCGGCAGCUUCGACCUUGCACUUCUUCCAAUAGGUGCUUAUGCACCACGGACAUUGUUCUCCAAUCUGCACGUGAAUCCUUACGACAGCGUCAGGAUUUUCCAGGACAUCAGGGCUAAGAAGGCUUUGGCGAUGCACUGGGGAACGUGGAUAUUAACUACCGAGCCAAUCAUGGAACCACCCCUGCUCUUGCGAAAGGCCUGUGCGGAAGCCGGGCUGAAGGACAGCCAGUUCGAUAUCUGUGGGCUGGGCGAGACGCGUGUAAUUUGA